UCAUGCAUUUUCCAUGCAUGUCAAAUAGGGCUUUUCCAUUACAUUUAGCAGCUUGGCACCACUUAGUUUGACUCGGCUUUGCAGGGCUGAUGAGUGUUUUGAGUUGAUGAUUUUAAGUAGCUGUGCUUCAGUAAGCAUUGUUUUGUCCCGUAAGAAGAACAAGCACUGUUUAGUUUAGCUGUCUACUCAAAUCAUGCCCAUCUAUGCUGUUGUCCUGAGGUGUUUCAAAGUUUGGUGCAGUGGUUGGUAUUUAAAAACAUCUGUGAGGUGUCCCUUAAUGAUGACAAGCCACUGUGAUUUCAUACUUGGAGGCAGGGCAGUCACACUUGGGCCCUAAUCCAGAGCAGAACCAUUCUGGGUAUGGCUUGGCGUAGCCCUGUGCAGCCAAAUUGGUAAUGAAAAAGUAAAUCAGCACAAUUAGUCUUGGUUCGGCUCAGCCAAAAGUCAUCGUGCACAAGCCCCAUCAAACCUAUGGACCAAACAAGCCCAACAUGCUGUCCCUGUCUGUCUCUGGUGUGAAGUGAAGGUGAAGUGGUUGGAGACAGGCUUGGCACCUUGCUGCCAUGGAAACCAAGCAGGAGCCGUCUGCUGUGUGGAGUCAGACUGCUAACAAUGAUUCAGGCAACGGCACACAGGUGCAUUUUGAAGGUGGCGCAGUGGCCCAGAUAGUGUACAGUGGUGAUCAGGCGGACCGGGCACAGCAGCAGGUGGUUUACACAGCAGACGGGAACUCCUACACCUCUGUAGAGUCUGCAGAGCACACGCUGGUCUACAUACACCCUGCAGAUGGUGGCCAGGCUGUAUUUACCGAUCAGCCACAGGUAGCUUACAUUCAGCAGGAUGGAACGACUCAACAGGUCACUGUUUUGCUGCCCAGCGGGCAGAGUGCUGCCAACCUGCAUGUUCUCAGUAAUGUAGCUGAAGCUCCUCAAGCUAUCCUGGAGCCAGUGUCCCAGGAACAGCUGUCUGCGUCCAAUUCCCUCCCCUCCAUGGGCGACAUUGGGGACCCACCCACCAGUCCGCUCGGGGCCACAGACUCCACAGAAGACUCUGAUGAAGAUGAGGAUGAAGACUCGGAGAUGGAUGAAUGGGAAUCCCGUGAGCCUCAAGCAUUCAACCCGCACAACCUCUGGUGUGAGGAGUGUAAUAACACCAACCCCUCUGUGUGCCUGAAGCACGGCGCUCUGCACCCCAUCCCAAACCGUCCUGUGUUGUCUAAAGCCAGAGCCAGUCUGCCUCUUGUCCUCUACAUCGACCGCUUCCUGGGUGGUGUGUUCUCCAAGAGGAGAAUCCCAAAGCGCACACAGUUUGGUCCUGUGGAGGGACCUCUGGUUCCUCAGAGUGAACUCCAGGAUCAUUACAUCCAUCUAAAGCUGUGCAUGCUAGAUGCAGAGAAAGAUGCAGAGAAGUCUGACGACAUGUGGUUUGACCUCUCUGACGAGGACAGCUGUAACUGGAUGAUGUUUGUGAGGCCGGCUCAGAAUCACUUGGAGCAGAACCUGGUGGCCUAUCAGUACGGCUCUGAGAUCUUCUUCACUACCAUCAAGAACAUUCAGCCUAAACAAGAGCUCAAGGUGUGGUAUGCGGCAUCAUAUGCAGAGUUUGUCAAUCAGAAGAUCCAUGAUGUCACUGAAGAAGAGAAAAAAGUGCUGCGGGAGCAGGAGAAGAACUGGCCUUGCUACGAGUGUAACCGACGAUUUGUGAGCUCUGAGCAGCUGCAGCAACAUCUCAACAUGCAUGACGACAAGUUAAGCUCUGUCUCCAGAGCGAGAGGUCGGGGGCGAGGGAGAGGCAGGAGGAGAUUUGGGACAGGUAGAAGACCUGGAAGACCACCAAAAUUUAUACGUUUAGAACCACUGGGUGAUGCCAGUGGGGACAAAACAACAGAGAUGCUGGAACUGACGGAGAAGCCACUGGAGGAGUCAGUGGAGGGGGCUCAGAAUGGACUGAAGGUGGUGGAGAUGGAGACGGAGACAGAGGCUGGGACCGAGGAAGAGGACCAACUCAUACCUCCUGCAGAAGACCCGGGCCCAGAGUCCAUAACUCCUCCUUCAAACACGGACCUGCCUGUUCCUCUGAAGGAGGACCCGUCACAGAGCAGCCAGUCAGACUCCCACCUCACAUCUCAGGACCUGCGGCGUGCAAAGAGGAUACGGAAUGCAGCGCUGCAGCAUCUUUUCAUCAGGAAGAGUUUCCGUCCCUUUAAAUGCACCCACUGUGGAAAGGCGUUUCGAGAAAAGGACAAACUGGAGCAGCACCUGCGGGUCCACAGCCGGGACAUUUAUGCCUUUUCCUGCCACAUCUGCAACAAGAGCUUCAUGAGUGACUCCGCUCUGGAAGACCAUCUACUGGUGCACACAGAGAACCGCUCUUACUCUUGUCUCUUAUGUCCUGAAAGUUUUGAGAGGCUGGACCUGCUCAAAGACCACGUGGGGGUUCACGCUGUGGAUGGCUGCUUCACCUGUCCGUCCUGCAAGAAGACGUUCACUGACUUCCUCCAGGUGAAGAAGCACAUCCGCUGCUUCCAUUCAGAGAAGAUCUUCCAGUGCCCAGACUGUGAAAAGGCCUUCUGCAGGCCGGACAAACUACGUUUGCACAUGUUACGCCACUCAGACCGCAAAGACUUCCUCUGCUCAACAUGUGGCAAGCAAUUCAAGAGGAAAGAUAAGCUGCGAGAGCACAUGCAGCGCAUGCACAAUCCCGACAGAGAGGCAAAGAAGGCCGACCGAAUCCACAGAUCCAAAACGCUUAAACUUAAAGUUCCCACCACUGACUUUGAGAGCUUUGUGUUCAAAUGUAGAGUGUGCAUGAUGGGAUUCAGGCGCAGAGGAAUGCUGGUCAAUCAUUUGUCCAAGCGUCACCCUGAGAUGCGUAUUGAUGAUGUGCCUGAGCUAACGCUGCCAAUUAUAAAACCCAACAGGGACUACUUCUGCCAGUACUGUGACAAGGUGUAUAAGAGUGCCAGUAAGAGGAAAGCCCACAUUCUGAAGAACCACCCUGGGGCAGAGUUGCCCCCCAGCAUCCGUAAGUUGCGUCCGGCUGCUCCUGGUGAGCCAGACCCCAUGUUGAGCACACAUACACAGCUGACUGGCACCAUCGCCACCGCGCCGGUCUGCUGUCCACACUGUGCCAAACAGUACAGCAGCAAGACUAAGAUGGUUCAGCACAUCAGGAAGAAACAUCCAGAGUUCGCCCAACUCGCCAACACAAUCCAGGCUCCUCUGACGACAGCUGUGAUCAGCAGUGCUCCUGCAGUCAUCAGCGCAGACGGCACCACAGCUGAGGCUGUCGUGACGACAGAUUUGCUGACCCAGGCCAUGACAGAGCUCUCACAAACACUGACCACGGACUAUCGCACAGCACAGGGGGACUAUCAGAGGAUCCAGUACAUCCCAGUGUCUCAGGCAGGAGGCAGCCUGACACAGCCACAGCACAUCCAGCUGCAGGUGGUCCAAGUGGCUCCGGCUUCCUCCCCACAUUCCCAGCACCAGACAGUAGAUGUGAGCCAGCUCCACGACCCUCAUGGUUACAGCCAGCACUCCAUCCAGGUUCAGCACAUCCAAGUCACAGAGCCCUCAGCUUCAGGACAAGCUGCCACACAGGUUUCAGCUCAGCCUUUAAGCCCCUCUUCCCAGCAGCCUAGUCAGGAGUUGAGCCCCACUCAGCUGACCCCUGUGACCUUAGCUCAGAGCCACAGUCUGCAGAGCGGCAGCAGCCAGCAGCAGGGGACCGUGCAGCACGCUUACAUACCCGGGAACUGGAACUACAGAAGCUACCCGUCUGAGAUUCAGAUGAUGGCUCUACCUCAUGCACAGUAUGUGAUCGCUGAGGCCAGCACACCUGUGUCUGGAGUCAACAGCAACCAGGUGAAAACGACACACUAUGUCAUCUCUGAGGGUCAAACUGAGCUGGACACCAAACAGACUGUUUCUCAGAACACAACACAGACUCACACCGAACAUCUGGAUCAGCAAUCGUCCAAUCAACCAGCAACCACACAAUACAUCAUCACCACGACCACCAACGGCAGCGGCACAAGUGAAGUUCACAUCACCAAACCCUGAACUGCUCAGUGAGGGAAUUUACAAACCCAGUGCAGAACUGAGACCUGAUCCUGCAUGUACACCUCAGCAGCUUUUACGCACAUAAUAAACAAACGCACAGUCACUCAUAAAUACAGAGGCGUGUACAUACGGAGAUGAAACAGAGAUGAAGUGAUGAGCAGCACAGUUUUAUGUGUCUGUAAAGUGUUAAGAUGUACAGAAAACUGAGGAAAUGAGCUAUUUCUGGUUUGAAGGGAACUGAAAACAAGGACAGUUAUGAAUAUAUCAAAUGAUGUGCAGCUUUGGAAGUGUGGAAAAAUGAGAGCGAUCAUUUUAAGAUUUAACUGAUCAGUUUUGCUGCUUUGUCCUUGUGAAGACCUGGAUGUUCAUUUUAAAUAUUUAUACAGGUAGACAUUUCUUAAAGUUCACAUAUUUGUAAAUGAAUGUCUGUAAAGAGGAGAAACAUGUAAAAUAUACUGUAAAAAAACA